AUUAUUUAUGGGCAGUAUUCUCUUCUAUUAUAUGAAUUCCUAAUUAAAGGCCUUGCUUUUUCCUCUUUAUUUUUUCCUUUUUUCUAAAAUUUCUAUACGCCUUUUAAUGUCGAAGAGACAUUAAAAUUUCUUCUCUCAGCUUUUCUCAUUCAUCAUACAAUUCUUUUGAUAUUCAUAUUUAUAUGUUGUUGUAGAGAUUAUAUUAGUAUUCUCCCCAAAUUUCUAUCAUUGAUUUUCCUAUUAUUGCUUGAAAUCUCCUCAUAGUUUGGAAUAUAGAUUUUCACCUUUAAAACAUAAUUACUGGCUCUAACAUCAGUUGCAAUUAAUAGUGGGAUGACAAUAGGCAAAAUGCUUGAGCUUAUUGGUGGCAAAGCUGGAGUUUCUUGUGGUCGAUUUCAUUAUGGUGAUGCAUUUGAAGAACCUAGUGUCCAUGCUGAUAAGGUUGAAGACAUAAGGAACACACUUGUGAAGCACGGAUUUAGCUAUAGCGGCAAAGAUUUCCUCUACUCAGGUAUUACAGGCUGUCCAUUACAAGCAUACAUUUUCAUGGGACCAAUCUACUAUCAGAAGUUGAAACAUAUGGUAAUUGAUAAAAUGCAUGUUUGUGCUAAAGGGCGUCCUACGUUACUGACCAGACAACCUAAUGAAGGAAGAAGUCUUGUUUUAUCAUAAUCAUGUUUGAAACUGACAACAAAUGUUGGUGUCUUUAAUCUUCAACUAAAAUUUUCUUUAUUGUUUCCUUUUGCAGGACUGCAUCUAGGAGAAAUGGAACGU